AAAAUACAAUAUUAUUUUAGCCACCGACGCCCGCUUCCCCUUUCUUCGUCUCCUCUUCGUUCGAAGGCGCUCUCCUUCUCUUCGAUCGCAAUGUGGGCGGGCGGCGUAGAGUAAUCCUUCUCUGCUGUCUUCCUCUUGCGAUCUCCGAUCGCGUGUCGUCGGUUACGCCGUCGAAAUCGCCCCCAAGUCCCUCCAAAUCCAGCCAGCUGGUGCCGUUUUCCGCCCCGCGUCAAAACCAAGUCUUUUUUUUUUUUUCGUUCUUUUCGGUGGGAGAUCCUUUCAGGGAACUUGAUUAUGACAGAGGUUGGUGGCGUGUUAAUCUGCUGAAAAAUUGAUUUUUGUCAGUUUUUUUUCCCUGGGUGGGGCUUUUGUUAGAUUGAAAAAUUUUGGCUGUUUCGUCGAAGAUUUGUGCUUCUGUAAGCUCGCAUCAUUUGCAUCGGAGAUUUGAUUGUUCUCUGUUGGAUUUAGUGGAGAAGAGAGGAUUCGAAUUGAAUGCGAGGCGAUUUUGUUGUCUAUGGGGCGCAGCGCAUUUUGGUCUCAGAAGAUGUGCAAGUUCGGGAGGACGAAAGGACCCGAGUCCAGAGGAGAGAGGUAUCAUGGGAUGAAAUCAGGAGGCGAGGCGAAGGUGGAGAAGAUGAAGGAGAGGUCCAAGCUAAAGCUUUGGAUGAUGAGGACGAUGACCACCGUUCUGUUCUGGACGUGCAUCCUCCAGCUCACGGUGCUGCGGGAGUCGUGGGGGUCCAAGGUCCUGAAAGCUUGGCCUUCUUGCUUUACUCCGCCGGAUUCACUACUUAACGCGAAACAAGUCACCCCAGUCGUCGACAAGAUUGUUCUUCCCCCUAAAAGAAUCUACAGAAAUAACGGGUACAUAAUGAUCUCAUGCAAUGGAGGGCUUAACCAAAUGCGAGCAGCGAUAUGUGAUAUGGUGGCUAUUGCAAGAUAUCUAAAUGUGACACUCAUAGUUCCAGAGUUGGAUAAGACAUCAUUUUGGGCUGAUACCAGUGAGUUCCAAGACAUUUUUGAUGUCGAUCACUUUAUCACUUCAUUGCGAGAUGAGGUCCGGAUAUUGAAAGAACUACCACCUAGAUUAAAGAGUAAGGCUGAACUAGGAAUGGUGUACUCUAUGCCGCCUAUUAGUUGGUCUGAUUGGUCUUACUACUACGAUCAGAUUCUUCCUUUGGUGAAGAAGUACAAGGUUGUGCACUUCAAUAGGACGGAUGCAAGGCUUGCAAAUAAUGGCCUACCAAUUGAGAUUCAGAAGUUACGUUGCCGAGUGAACUAUGAUGCUCUGAGAUUCACUUCUCAGAUUGAAGAAUUGGGUAGACGGGCGGUGAGAAUUCUGCAGAAAAAUGGCCCCGUUUUGGUUCUUCAUUUAAGAUACGAGAUGGACAUGUUAGCUUUUUCUGGAUGUACUCAUGGUUGCACUAGUGAAGAGGCAGAAGAGUUAACAAGAAUGAGGUAUGCAUAUCCGUGGUGGAAGGAGAAAGUUAUCGACUCUGAAACAAAAAGGAAAGAUGGACUCUGCCCCUUAACACCUGAAGAGAUUGCUCUUAUUUUGAGAGCACUAGAGAUAGAUCGUGAUAUCCAAGUAUAUAUAGCAGCUGGAGAAAUAUUUGGUGGGAAAAGAAGAAUGGAAGCCCUUUCUGAUGCAUUUCCAAAUCUGGUGAGGAAGGAAAUAUUAUUGGGACAAUCAGAUCUGAAAUAUUUCCAGAACCACUCGUCGCAAAUGGCAGCCUUAGAUUACAUUGUUUCUUUGAAUAGUGAUAUCUUUAUACCAACCUACGACGGAAACAUGGCUAAGGUCGUUGAGGGUCAUCGCAGAGCCUUGGGUUUCAAGAAGACCAUCGUCUUAGACCGAAAACUCCUUGUCGAACUGAUUGACCAGUACGAUAACGGAACUCUAGGGUGGGAUGACUUUUCUUUAUCGGUCAAGGCCGCUCAUGCUAAUCACAUGGGGUGGCCUACUUCGCGAUCCGUAAUUCCUGACAGGCCUAAGGAAGAAGACUAUUUCUAUGCCAAUCCACAAGAGUGUCUCCCACAAACUGAUAAGUCAUGGACUUCAUGAGCUCUAUCACUGUGUCAUUCGCACCUAGAUCACCACAUUUUGGAGAACAUCAAUCGAUCAUUCUACUGAGAUCUUCGCUCCGCUAUAAGAAAAGAUGGAGAAUUUCCUUAAGGAAAUGUCGAUGUACAAGAAAAGGUUAGGAUACUGGAGGAGUCAUCAUUCAUGCAGCUUCUCAAAUAUACAUAUUUGUUACAUAUCAUUCUCUCCAUAAUAAAUCUGAUCCUUGUACAUAAAGAUGAGUGGGAAAAGAUCUAAAACUCUGGCAAUUUUCGACUGCUUGUACAGCAUAGGAGAUGGAAAAAAAAGACUAAUUUAUCUCAAUUCGCGAUCUUGUUGGAUGACAGUUAUCUCUCUCUUUUUUUGAUGAUUGAAAAUGUGAAUUUUGUUCCAGUAAAUCAAGUCAUAUUUAUGCA